UUUUUGAGAAGCAAACAGCAAACUUGCCAAUCUGGUAUUUUUUUUUCAGUAAACUUGUUUUUCUGUUGUGUUGUGUUUGCUAUUAUACUUUCCAAAUCUAUAAAUCGUCAAUUUCAAGUUUUAAAUUCCUAGGAACACCACCUAGUCGUAUGAUGUUUUGAAGUGUUAGAUUUGUGCUAAAUUAAUUUGAAGAUGGCUACCACCUUGUUUGAUAGUCCCUUCAUUCGACAACAAUUGCAUCGCUUGCGGCGGACUGAUUUCGACCUCGAUGAGGAUCAAAGAUUUGGUCGAUGUGACUGCACAAGUUAUUCCUACUUUGUGCUAUCCAUGGUACUAUUUUCUGUAGGAACUGUCAUUACCGUGCUCGCCUUGGGCGAUGCCGAUGGUUACAUAUUACACAAUUUGGGACACAUGUGGCUCGUUGGACCAAUAUUUAUAUGCUCUGGAAUGAUGGUUGCUGUGAAAAGCAUGCUAUAUUUGCGAAGGAAAAGUGUAAUCCAAAUGCUCCUUCAUCGACGCGAAUUGAUUCGUGACAUGGCAAUAGUGCAGGCUGAGCAAGCAUACAGUGGACAAGUGCCUCGGACAGCAUCCAAUGCAACUCUACCUCCCUCUUAUGAUGCCUUAUUAGCCAACGCGGCUACCAGCAAGCCUCAGCCGUCAAGCUCUGAACCGCCUCCGCCCACUUACGAUGAAGCCAUGUACCUUAUCGGUGAUGACAAGUUUCAGGUUUCUAAAAAUGAUGACAGUGCCAAACAGGAGUCCAGCAACCAGUCAGUAGACAGUGCUGAUAGCAGCAAACCUUAGGACCGAUAAACCUUACAUGUUUAUUACUAGAUAUUUAAGAGUAAACUUAAUUCUUCCUGUUUGUACUUAUAAUUUUAUUCAUAGUCACUAUACAUAUUGUAUUCUCUAAUGUGCCUAAAAUUUGAAUUAGCAAUGUUGUUGUUAUAUUUUAUGUGAAUUAUGUGAGUAAAAUUCCAUUCCACCAAGAGCAAUUUACAAGGAAGAAUGCUACUUAGGCCUAAUUCAAAAAUAAAACAAUGAAAAAUUCUUGAAAAUGUAUACCUUGAAGUAGUAUUUUCCUUGUAAUUAAGAAUAAAAUGUUAUUGGUUCUUGGUGGAUGCUUGAAGGAAGUCUGAACUUAAUUCUAAUUAAGGAAAAUAUACCAACAAAUGUGAAAGCUUUGUUAAAACAUGAAUAUGUAUGUUUCACAAGGAAAACCUAUAUUUACUACUAACAAGUUGUAUUAUUUAAACAUUGAAGUUUAUAUUCAUGAUGUAAGUAUAUCUUUUUAUAGAACCAAGAUAUUGCGAAAUUUUAUAUGCUGUAUUUUUCUAUGUGAAUUAUCAUUGUGAAUUUAUUAUAGUAAAACAUCUGUGCCUGUAAUGUUGAAUGAAGCUUAUGGUUGUGUCCUUAUAUGGAAUGCAAAAUGCAAUCUUGUUCAUAGUAGUGCUAAAUUACUUCUGCUGGGUGUUAACAGAAACCAGUGUUAUGAAUAUAAUGGAUUAUGAUCUAGAAAACUAGGGAGAAUACUAUUUAUUUGAGAUAGGUGUUACUCCACUAUUUGCUUUAAGUUUUUUAUUAUUAAGGAUACUAAUGAAGUCUCAUUACAUAGAUUUUUCAUGAGAUGCCUCUCCAAAAUUGUUAAAUGUUGGAAAGACUGAUGCAUUUACCGUGAAUGUAUGAUUAAAUAUGAAAUGUUAGUCAUUAACAAAGCUAUGUAUACAGCCAUUUACAUUACAAGGGUUGCAUGAACUAAAAUUUCGAAUUGACACUUUUGUCUCACCCAACAUCAACAAUUUCAUUACACAUAUUAUAAAAAGGAUUUUCCUUUAGCUCCCAUUAAUUUUAAACUGGGAGUUAAGCCAGAGGCAUUUUAAUUUUAACUGAUGGUCCUUUUUCAUAAUUUUCCCUGAUUAUUGAUUUUACUGUUUAUUAGUCAACCUAUUGAUCAUUGAAGUUCCCUAUUGAGAUAAGGUUUUACAAUGACAUUGUAAAUUCUCAUUUUACAUAAAAAAUAAAAUAAUAUGUUUGACAAAGUAAUAAUAUUAAUUACCUACUUACUAUAAUUAUUUUGCUUAUCUCAUAGGAGUUUAAUGUACUUUAAUUGCGCUAAAGUGUACUUAAUAUAAAUCCAAUCAAGUGCAUUUUAAUUAAACAUUGUAAUAGUAAAGCUCUAUAAGACUUAAAAAUAUUGUGCCUUUAUAAAAAAAAUUCUCAUGUAAUUUUGACAAACCUGUUAUAUUAUUUAAUUAAUGAUCAAAAAAAUUACAUACUGAUAAUAAUUGAAAAUUAUUUUUUCUUAAGAUCAUGUUGAAUGAAAUUAUUACAAUUCUUUUGAAAUCAAUUUGAACCUGUGUUGUAACUUCUUUUAUGACUUAUUUUGCAAAGUAUUUAAAUGUUCCUCAACUUAAUUUUGUUAGUUAUUGUUUGCGAAAACCUUUGUUUUUAUUGUAAAUAAACUUUCUUUCAUAUGUGCUUAUGUAUUUUGAUGAAAAAUGCAUUUAAUUUUUUUAGCUAAUUUUACUAACACUUCCAGAAUGAGUUAAAUAUUUUUCUAACACUGCAAAAUAUCUGUUGCAUCUUUCUAAUACAUUGUUUGCGUUAUAGUUGUUUUUUUUUAAUAAGAAUUACAAAGAAAAGCAUAAAGCUAUGAAUCUAUUGUGUAUGUAUCCAGAUCAAAUGUGAUUUAGAAACAAACAUACAUUUAGCUCUGUUUAAUGGAUGUAUGUAGCAUACAGUCCCAGUGCAGUUACGUCACUUGCACUUCAUUUAUGAUGUAUGUUUUUCUCUAAUUUUUUCUUAAAAUGUUAUUAUAACCGAUCUCCCUGGUAUAAAUAAAAAACAGUUCUGUGUUGC